AUGAGCUCAAUUCCUCUUUCAUACCUUUUCAUUACAUUCAAACUACCUAAUAACCCAGAAAUUUACAAAAUCUUCUCUAAUCUUCUCCUCCUAACAUCUCUCUUUUUAGUGACCUUCCUUCUCAUUACUCUUAUCGCUGUAGUAAAAAUCAGAAAAUCUUCCAAGGCUAAAUUUCUCAACUCAUCCCUAAUUGACCUUCCCUCACCAUCUAAUAUUUCAUACAUGUGAAACUUUGGCUCCCUUCUAAGUCUUUGGUUAUCAGUUCAAAUUUUAACUUGUAUUUUCCACGCUAUACACUACACAUCAGAUAUUUCUCUUGCAUUCUCCAAAAUUUCCCACAUUUGCCGUGACGUAAAAUAUGUAUGAAUAUUCCGAAUUGUCCAUGCAAACGGAGCUUCCCUCUUCAUCUGCCUUUACCUCCACGUGGGACGUGGAAUAUAUUAUGGUUCCAACAUAAACCACAUAACAUGAAAUUCUGGUAUUAUUAUCCUCCUUCUCUCCAUAGUAACAUCCUUCCUUGGUUACGUUCUUCCAUGAGGACAAAUAUCUUUCUGAGGAGCAACCGUAAUCACUAAUCAAAUCUCAGCAAUUCCCUACAUUGGUAAACUUCUAGAACAAUGAUUAUGAGGAGGCUUCUAAGUUGGCAAUGCCAACCUCAUCCGAUUUUUCACUCUUCACUUCAUAUUACCUUUCAUAAUUUUAGCAAUAAUCAUACUCCGCCUACUAUUUCUCCACCAAACAGGAUCUAAUAACCCUCUAGGAAUCAAUAGAAACACUGACAAAAUCACUUUCCAUCCCUACUUUCCUCCAAAGAUAUUUUUGGCUUUCUUCUAGCUUUACUAGUAUUCUCAAUCAUAUUUCUUACCUUCCCAUAUUUUCUAAGAGAUUCCGAAAACUUCAACACAGCUAACCCCUUAGUAACCCUAUCCAUAUUCAACCAAAAUUAUACUUCCUAUUCGUAUAUACAAUUCUACGAUUCAUAUCCAACAAAUUAUGGGGGUUAUUGCAUUGCUACUUUCAGUCCUUAUCCUUUUCAUCCUUCCACUUACAAAUAAAUCAAACUUCCGAAGCUUAAAUUUCUAUUCUAUUAACCAAUGCAUCUUCUGAACUUUAAUCUCCACAUUUAUUCUUCCCACAUGAAUUGGUGCCCGACCCGUAGAAGAACCUUAUGAACUUAUUGGCCAAAUUCUCACCAUUGUUUACUUUUAAUAUUUCAUCAUCAAUUCCAUCUUCCUAAAAUUAUGAGAUAAAAUUCU